CAGUGCUGUCGGGCUCAGCCUCUUCACACAAGCAAAAUGGCAGCGAAUGGGGCGGCGCAUCUUGUGCUGCUGCUGUGUGGAGUGGCAGUCUUCCGGAGCGCUGCGGUGUCUUCCUUUGCUAUAGAUUUGGAUGCCUCGUUUAAAGACAGUAGAGAAGAUGAAAUUUGGUUAGUAGAUUUCUAUGCACCUUGGUGUGGCCAUUGCAAGAAGUUGGAACCAAUAUGGGAUGAGGUAGCUGCUGAAAUGUUUUCCUCAGGGUCUCCAAUAAAAGUCGGAAAGAUGGAUGCAACAGUUUAUGCAGGUGUUGCCUCUGAGUUUGGAGUCCGAGGUUAUCCAACUAUCAAAUUGUUAAAAGGAGAUCUUGCAUACAAUUACAGAGGGCCUCGUACCAAAGAGGAUAUAAUUGAGUUUGCUGGCAGAGUGUCAGGGCCGCUGGUCAGAUCACUUUCCACUCAGCAGCUGUUUGACCAUUGGCAAAAAAGGCAUCCGGUUUUCUUUGUGUAUGUUGGUGGUGAAUCUCCAUUGAAGGAAAAGUUCUUUGAGGUGGCGUCAGAACUGAUUGUGUAUACCUACUUCUUUUCUGCUUCAGAGGAUGCCUUACCACAGGAUGUCUCUGUCCAAGAACUUCCUGCCGUGUUGGUGUUCAAAGAUGGAACCUACUACACAUACGAUGAAUAUGAAGAUGGUGAUCUGUCGUCAUGGGUGACCAAAGAAAGAUUUUUAGGAUAUGUUCACAUUGAUGGUUUCACUUUAUAUGAACUCGCAGAGACAGGAAAACUGGUGGUGGUUGCAGUAAUUGACAGCAAGAAUUCAUCCAAGGAGCAUGCUAGCUUAAAGGCCAUUACACAUGAAGUUGCUACUGGAUACAGAGAGCAGUUUCACAGGAAUUUCCAAUUUGGGCAUAUAGAUGGAGCAGAUUACAUCAACAGUGUCAUAAUGGAUGAGGUCACCAUUCCUUCCAUUGUUGUACUGAAUACUUCAAACCAACAAUACUUUAUACCAGAAACAGCAAUUGAGAGCAUUGAGGAUUUGAUUAAGUUUAUUAAUGACAUCAUAGAAGGAUCAGCACAAGCGCAAGGAGGAGACAGUUUCUAUUAUCGUGUUAGAAGAUUGUUAUAUGAUGGAAAAUCCACGAUAUUAUCCGUUUUUAAGACCUCUCCUCUCCUGGGCUGCUUUCUUUUUGGUCUACCUCUGGGUGUUAUCAGCAUCAUGUGUUAUGGAAUCUGGACAGCUGAUGGGGAAUAUGAACCGGAAGAAGGAGAACUGCUUCAGAACGAAGCCAUUGACCAAGGAGAUGCGGAAGCCAGUGAUGAGGAAAAGGAGGAAAACAAUGAUGAACAUCACAAAGAUGAUAAUGAAGUUAAAGAAAAUUCAGAAGAGCUCAAAGAUGAAGAACUGGAAGAGAAAACCAUGGUAGAAAAGAAAAGGGAUUAAUGUGUGCUUAAAUGCUGAGUUCCCUUUAGGAUUUCAAAAUAAUUGAGUGUAUGGGUACAUUUUAACAUCAGUGAAGAUUGUUGGAAAUAUGAUGCAAGUGUUUAUUUUUUUGUCUUCCCCAGUUUGACCUGUGCUCUACAUAGAGAAUUCCUGGGCUAGAAGGUUUUUGAAUGAUCAUGUAAAUUACAUUUUGUUUCUUAGAUGCAGAGUCACAGUGGAACCUCUGUUAUCUGCCAUAAUGGAACGAGUCCUGAUUGAUCAUGGAAAUUAGCAGAUAAUAAUUCUGGAGAAUCUCCAGAAUUUGGUCUUCUGGGUAUAAUAUCCCAAGGCACAGGACAAAGGCCGGUAAAGGUAAUAACAGGCUGUGCAGUGAGAUGAUAUCUUACACAAGGCUUUGUCCAGCAAAAAAUUGGAAUAUGAUAGGAGUUCCACUAUGGUUUUUAAAUAGGUAUGAUGGUUUAUGGGAGGUUGUGGGAAAAGAGUUCACAUUAUGAGCAUAUUUUCUCCUGUGCAUUAUUCUACCAAUCUUUCCCUCCCUCCUCCUCACCCACUCAAUAAGAAGCGAAACAGCUAACGAGAGGCAUUAUGCCUUAUCAUACUGGGCAUUUGGCUGUUUCUGUAAAUAGAAAGUGAGUCAUUCUGGUAGAAAAUGCAGACUCCUCUCUAAUCUUUGGAAUAUAUUGAGACUUUUUCAUCAUUGCUGUUUGCUUUUGGCCAUAAAGAACUGGAUUGAUUGCCAUUUUAUUACCCGAACCAGAGACUUCUAAGGUUUUGAAAAAUGCAUGCUAGGUUUUUUUUGGUUGAAAAAUAAACAGUCCCCUUAAGAGAUCACCUUCACAUUAUUCACUUUACCACUAAAAGAAUGACUCCAGUAUCUCUAUUCUUACUGUGUGAACAAAGAAUGGAAACCAAGCUGUGAUUAUUUUGUAACUUUGUGUUUGAUAGUUAUGAAUCUAAAAGUCAAAUUGUACUACUAUGGCUUUGCAAUAAAUGUGAAGGAGUUACUGACAUCUCAUGAAAUAUAAUCCGAAAGCUACUGUUUCAGCAGCUGCAGCUUAAAAAUUUCCUUAUGAUAGCUUUGAUAGGAAGUGCAGUGCUCAUGAAGAAGUAGCUAACAAUAGAUCAGGGUAAGCUGCCAAUAUUUUCAAUUUAAAUUCAGUUGGGUCUUCCACCCAUCUUAAAAAAAAAAGCAAUAGAAGCAGGUAUUAAAGAUAUUAUUUUUAUCCUGCCAUGUUACUUGUCUCCAAUGUUGAAGUAAGUAGAAUAUUUCCCCAUGAGUGCUACAACUUAAUACUGAGAGUUAACUAUAAGGUAUUUAGUUACUGAUACCCUGACAGGAUCCCCAAAUAAGUACCCAUAGACACCUACCUUAUAUCGGCAGAGGUGUCAACACUUCCUCCUUAACAUCAGAUGUCGAAGGUGCGGCAUCAUUUGAGGUCUAAACUCUACCUUACACAAGCAACAUCUAAAGUCUAUGCAGUACAUCUUCAUAAGAAGCCUCUCUAAACAAAGUAUCGCAGUGCAGUCAAAAUUGGUAUCUACGGGGCUGUACCGCCAGCACAAAACAGAAGUAGGUUUUACAUCUGCAUCUGUACAACAGAGAUAGGACCAGCUAAGCCAAUGCAGUUAGCAGCUACAGAAUAAAAGCACUUCCUUGAAACGAUGUUAAAUAUGUUUCUUUGUCAGAUCUAAUGUACACUGUUAAAGCUCUUUGCGCCUAGUUUUUGAAUUAGCAACAGUCAGAUAAACCAGCUAUUACCACAAACCACUGACUUCUGCAGUAGCAUAUCCAGCUUAAUGCACAACUUGUGAUCUUAUCUGUUCACAGUAAGUCAGGGAUACAGCAAAAUUAAGCAGUGUAAACUUGUAAAAAUAUGGGCCUUGGGCUUAUUUGGUUUAUUGGAUAAAAGUGUUACAUGCUGUAAUAUUGGGACCAGUAAACAGCACCCUUUUGAUUCCAGCACUGUGCUUAGUUAGCCACCUCACACAACUGUCGGUAGUAGAGAUACCAAUGUUAUCUUCCACAUUCCUGAGCUAGAGGUGGAAACUCGACGAGGCUUCUCACUGCUGAUUGCUGCCCAGUGACCCUGUUGAGUGAGACUGCGAUUGGGCUCAGCUGAAAUGCCAUCUUAAUCCAAUAGCUGGCUGUCACUCGCAGCCUUGUCUUGCAAAAAAAUGAAUGCUUGGAUGCGAUAACAGAGGACGCCUGUGACAGAACAGUUUAGCAUUGGUCAGCACUUUCAGGAGCGAGAAGUAAACAAAACUUAGGAAAGUGGGGAACAGAAAAUAGGAUCAUGAGGAUAAAUCGUACCUUUCUCCAAAUGUAGUAACAGCUCAUGUAAAAGUCGAAUACAUCUUCCUGUAGUGCAGAGCCCACUUUAGUUUUUCUAGCAAUCGAACUGCAAUUUAAGUAAAUCUAUAGAUUUUUGUCUUUAAAACUUCCAGAAAAAGGUUUGUUCAUAAUGAGGAAAUAAAAGCAGAAUAUGGUUAAUCUGUAAGUGCUUGUUCCAUUGCCACUUAUAAAGUAACAGGUGGGGAGCAUAUUGGCCAAUGUGGAACUUCAGUUUUGUUUGUCUCAACAAGCAUUACAUUAAUCAUCAGAAAGGAACCAGUUUUAAUUUAUGAAUUUUAUAUAAACUUAUUAAAACUGUUAGUGUCAAACAAUUACUGCAUGGAGCAGUCAGAAGAUAAAACUACUCUUUUAAUUAUAAUGUGCCUCUCGGUGAGAUAACUUUCAUUAUAUUAUAUGGAAUCGCUUUUUUAAUAUUGUUCAAGUGGUUGUGUAAAGGGGAAUACUGAAAAUAGGCCAAAAACAGAUUACUGAAUGACAAUCAUGCUUCUCUGCUCUCCAUUUCAAGCCUUUUUCAAUAAAUUGAUCUGUUCCAUAUCUUUCAUUUUAAUCUCUGACAAAAUAUUGCCUAUCUUGCUUUUCUGCUGCAAUGUAGCUAGCCUGUGAAUUAACUUGAAUUCAAAAUAGAAGGCUCCAGUUACCAGUACCUCUGACAUGUUUGGACAAAAACUUAAUUUAGAAUUUAUAUUGGAACAGGAAUAUUCAUUUUCAUGAGGCAUUGACUGUACUACAUCAAAGAAAAUGUUAUAGUAACUGGCAGUGACUCUGGAAAUGGAGAGCCACACAUUAGUUUUAGAAUAACCUUUUUAUCCACUUCAUUUGUCUGAGUGGUUAGUCCUGAUUGGAUCUAGAUUUCCAGACCAAGUUUCUUAAUAGAAUGCUGAUAAGUAACUGAAUUCCACUUUUCUUAGUACAGAGGUUAUUGUUGCAAGUUUGCUGUCAAAACCACUUACUGAUGUACUAACUCAUUUUAUUAUGCUGGAGUAUGCAUUUAGCUUUGUUUUAUGGGCAAUGAUAGUUUGUUUUGUAUAAAUAAAGUUAAGAAAACCUU